AUGCUCUUCAAAAUGCUCAUCGCGUUCGCGCUUCUGGCCGCCGUUUGUGAGGCCUCGGUGGGACGCACCAACGAGAAGGCGGGUAGCACGGUUCGCAUCGACAGCGUCCCGAAUUCCGAAGGCAUUCGACGCACCGUCGCUGCCGGCGAGCAGAUAUUCGACUUCAAGAAGGGCUACUUUGUGGAUGCCAAGGGAAAGAAAAUUGAGGGAAUCGAUCAGAGCAAUUAUCAUGCCGAAAAUGGAACGCUGAUCAUCAAGAAGAUCUCGAAAAGCGAUGCGGGAAGCUAUGUUUCUGAGCCAAAUAAUCCAAUCAUUUCCAAACAAGACGAUGGCACUUUUGUCGGACUCGCCGGCCCACAAUUAAUUGUUACUGUUGAAUAA